GAUGGAUGCGUUAUCCGGUGUAAUCUACAUAACAGUGCUUUUGCCUAUUGCUCGUCAUCGUCCUUUGCUGUAGAUGUAUUUAUAGUUUAUAUACUUACACUCCAGAUUGCUUUGAUUCUAUUUGUGAAAAGAAUUACCCUCCAUUCAAGAUGCCUGGGAUCAAAAUCCGUGAUGUAGACAGGAAAAAAAUCCCAGCGAAGUAUAUUUGUACUUCCUGCCAUUUCCUCCUCGUCAAUCCAACACAGACAAUGUGUGGACAUUUGUUUUGUCAAUCUUGUAUCGACAUUAUACUUGGAAGUUCUAAUCCAAAAUGUCCCGAAGAUCAAGAAAAAUUGAGCAGAAAUGAUGUUUUCCCUGAUGCUUUUACGAAACGUGAGUUGAAAAGUAUUCGUUUACAUUGUCCUUCUGAACAAUGUGAAUGGUUUGGCUCCUACGAAGAAUUGGAGGGUCAUUAUCAAGUUUGUGAGCAUGCGCUCAUCAGCUGUAUCCACAAGCAAUAUAACAUUCAGUUACCUCGCUCUCUCCUUAGUGAACAUUUGAAGAAUAAAUGUGAAUAUCGAAAUGUGAAAUGUGAAUAUUGUGGUAAAGAUGUACCGUAUGCUUCACUUAAGGAUCACAUAGAAAAUGUGUGUGAAUAUUAUCCUGUGGUUUGUGAGUAUUGUGGGAAAAAGAUACCAAGGAAAGAUAUUGAACAACAUCAAACGACAGCUUGUGAUGAAGUGCCGACUGAAUGUGAAUUUCAAGCUAUUGGAUGCAGUUAUGAUAGAGUAAGAAUAUAUGAACUGUUUUACAAUUUCAUGUCAGUAAUGAAAUAUACAACUUUGAAACUGUUUGCAAACAAAAUUUUUAUCAAAAGCGCUUCGAUAUCAAAUGACGAAUCACUUGCGAGAAACACGGUUAAGAUUACGGACCUUGAAGCGCAACGUGGCUCGCGUGCACUGGGGUCUAAUCAAGCCAUACACAGCUACAAUGGUACGUUACUGUGGAAAAUAGAUAACUUCAAGAAGAAGAGACAGAACGCCAUUAAUGGUAUCAAAACAGCCUUGUACAGUGUACCAUUCUACAGUUCUCAAUAUGGUUACAAGAUGUGUGCUAAGAUCUAUAUGAAUGGUGAUGGUUUUGGAAAAGGAACUCAUUUAUCUUUGUUUUUUGUUGUUAUGAAAGGUGAUAACGAUGCACUUCAAACAUGGCCUUUCCAAAAGAAGAUCACAAUGAUGUUAAUGGAUCAAGGAAAUGGUGAUCACAUGAUUGAUGCUUUUCAUUCAGAUCCUCAAAGUUCGGAAAAUUUAAACAAUCACCAGUAUAUUAAAGGUGAAUACAAAGCUGUUCAAAAGUGGCCAUUUCAUAAAAAUGACAACACGAAAUUUAUAAAUGAUUGUGAUGGUAAACACAUGGUACUUGAUUUUCAUUUAAAUGGUCAAAGUUCCUCCCUUCAGCGACCUACUUCAAAUAUAAAUGAUUCUGGAUAUCUGCUUCGUCGUUGGCCGUUGGAGUGUUUAAGUCGAUUUGUUAAAGACGACACCCUUUUCUUUAUGUUAUUGAUUAAUUGAAAUAUGGUAGUUUUACACUGAUUUCGAGGACGUCUAUGAUACAUAUUUUUGCUAAACAUUUAACCAACUAUUGAAGCGCUUUUUGUACGUGAUUUUGAGUAAGUUUAAUAGGAGGUCGCUGUAGUUGUGAGUGUAGCAAAUCCUUUUUGGCCGUGCAUUAAAAAAAUUUGUCAACAAAAAAGUUUCUUGAAUUAAGUAAACCAACCUCUUGUCAAGUAAAUUUGUAAUAACAGCAAAUAGUUUGCCGAUUUAUAAUAAACCAAUCCAGAUUAUUUUGUCCACAUAGAAAUUAAUAUCACGUGAUGAGUAAAAAUGAUUUCGGUGAUGAUAUUAAAAAAUAAAUUAAAUAGGCUUUAUUAACUUGCAUGAAA